AUGAAUGAUCCAAGCUUUGCAUUUGACAAGGGAACUUCACCUUCAUCUGAAAGCAGAGACAAGUUUACACCAGUGAGGGGCAAUAUUACCACCAUUAAGACAAAGCUAACACCAAAGAAGCCUAGCAAGUGUCCGUUACAUGAAACAGAUAAACACCUGCUUAGUGACUGCAGAACAUUCAACAGUAAACCAACUGCUGAAAAGAAAUCCCUCAUUAGACAGAAUGGCCUGUGUUUCAAAUGCUGCAAUGGCAAGCAUUCAGCCCGUGAAUGUCAAGAACAUGUAUUAUGUAAUGUGUGCAACUCUAAUAGACACUGUACCGCAAUGCAUGAAGAGAGAAGUACUUCACAGUUUCACAGCGGGGAAGAACCGCGCAGAAUGACUAAUGAUGCAACUAAUCCAAAUGAACACCAUCCAGAACAGAGCCUGAAAGCCUAUGUUCUCAUUGACGACCAAAGUAACAGGUCACUCGCGAGGUCAGAGUUUUUUGACUACUUCAACGAGAAUGCUCAGGAGAUUGAGUACGUUUUAUCAUCAUGUUCAGGCUACAUAUCCACAGCUGGACGACAGGCCUCAGGAUACAUAAUCGAGUCUCUAGAUGGCAGCAAAAGACUAUCAUUGCCAACCCUUAUAGAGUGCAACCAGAUUCCCAAUAUGCAAGAGGAAAUCCCUACCCCAGAAGUCGCAAGGUAUCACGAACACCUCAGGGAUAUAGCUGAUGAAAUUCCGCCGUAUGAUCAAAACGCUCCUAUUCUAUUGCUUAUUGGUAGAGACAUGAUAGCAGCUCACCAUGUGUUGGACCAGAGAAUUGGACACAAUUAUGCACCGUACGCUCAGAAAUUGAGGUUUGGUUGGGUCAUCAUAGGCGAGGCAUGUUUAGGAGCUGCCCACAGAUCUGAGACAAUCACAACCAACAAAGUUCACGUCUUAAGUAAUGGACGUCCAUCAAUACUACAGCCAUGCCCAAAUGAUUUUAAGCUGAGGACUCACACCAGACCAAAGUCAGAUUUUGAAUUUGGAGAGAAUGUUUUCAUACAGACAAGCAGUGAUGGCAAAAUUGGUUUCUCGAUUGAAGAUGAGGAGUUCCUCAGUGUCAUGAACAGUGGCUUUAGAAAAGGUCAGAGUGGAAACUGGAGUGCGCCCUUGCCGUUCAAGUCCAAGCGACAAGUAUUGCCAGACAAUUAUGAGCAAGCACUGCAACGGGCCAGGAAGUUACGAACGAACUUGAGAAUGAACCCAGACAAAGAGAAACAGUUUUGUGCAUUUAUGGAGAAUAUUUUUCAAAAUGGACACGCCGAGCCAGCUCCACCAUUGAAAACUAAUGAAGAAAAGUGGUACUUACCCAUAUUUGGUGUAUUUCACCCUAAGAAAAGCAAGAUAAGAGUUGUGUUUGACUCCUCAGCAAAGUGUCAAGGUGUGUCGCUGAAUGAUGUUUUGAUGACCGGCCCUGAUUUGACUAACAGUUUGAUUGGUGUGCUCUUGAAGUUCAGGAAGGAAAAGGUCGCGGUAACAGCCGACAUCGAGCAGAUGUUUUUCAACUUCUAUGUGCAUGAGGAAGAUAGGAACUUUUUGCGUUUCUUGUGGUUUCGAGACAAUGACAUUAACAAUGAACUUGUGGAAUUUAGAAUGUGCGUCCACGUGUUUGGCAAUUCACCAUCCCCCGCAGUUGCCACGUUUGGAUUGAGAAAAUCCGCCUGUGAUCAUCAUUCAUCAGAAUUGUGCAAUCAAGUGUGUGAACUUGUAAACAAACAUUUUUAUGUUGACGAUGCCUUAGUAUCCUUACCCGAUGCAGAGUCAGCUAUAGAAAUCAUGAAAAAGACUCAAGAUGUGUUGAAACAGAACGGAAAUAUAAGACAGGAUAAAAUCAGGUCAAACAGCAGUGAAGAGUUUCCCAACUGA